AUGGCCACAUCAGACAGCGCUCAAGACUCGAUCUUCGACAAGGUCGCUAAAGAGUCCGACCACUCGACAGCCUCCAGCCACCCAACUCAUCAGGGAAAGCAGGAACAGGCACACGCUUAUGAUCACCAGAGCAAGGGACCUCAGCUCUCAGACAAUCUGCCCGAGGCAAAAGGCAAGGACGAACUCAAGGCCAAGGCGCAGGAGAUGAACGAUCACGUCAGCAAGUAG